CGUACCGAACCAAAAAAAAUUCAACCCUGUUUUCCCACCCUUAUUUCCUUGUAUUCCCCUUCAUACCCCGUUGAUGGCUCAGCUUUCAGGAACCGUGAAAAACGACUAUUUUUCAGACGCAGAAGAUUCAGACAGAGAUCAGCUUUCGGACGACGAAGGAUUCGCACUCCACGAUUACGACCUCGAUGUAGUCGACGAUGCUAUUAUUAACGCUCAUAAUUCCGAAUUCCUUGAUCACUUUGGGUUCAAAAUUCAAGUAAAGACAGAUGACGAGGAAUCCGAUGACUCGAGCGGUUCUGAUUUGGAUUCAGACGACGAGCAGCCGACCAGUACCGCAGACGCCACUUCCGUUCAUGGCUUUAGCACCGACGAAAAUGAAGAGAGACCCACCGUGGCCAAAUCAAGCAACAACGCUAGUCGCGAACGUCAACAUCAUCGUCAUUCCAGCGGGUCUUCGGUCCAUCAUAAAUCGUUGUUCUCACCGUCAGCGUCCAGUGAUGACGACGGCCACUCCAUCGAUACCGCCAUGACCACUCCCACUGCCCACAAGCAACAUCAUCUGUCACUCACUUCCGUUGAACCCCUACCUUUUGAACGAUCACCAAGCAACGCUAUUCCAGCGGUACCACCGUCGUCCAACGACACGGUGACCACCAAAAGUCGUCGUGGACGAUCCAUGACAGUGUCUAGACCUUCUGACACCAUUCCCACCCUGAACCAACCACCUUUAACUACGAUGCAUGAGGAUAACGUUAUUUCUUCGCAGCAGGACGUCCCUACUUCAACUCGAAGAGCGCGCGCUGCGACCGUUUCACGACCAUCUUUGCCGAACCAUUCUUAUGGUAAAUCGGGUUUGACCGAUCAGCCUUCCAUACCAGAUACCGUUGCCGAGGAUCCUGACAGCAACAGACAAUCUUCCGAUACCCUUUCGUCCAAUUCUGUCAAGCAAUCCUUUGACGUCAGUUCAAAUCAUGCGCGAAGCCCAAGUCAAUCCAGCGGGAUUUCCCUUUCCAACAUGAACCCCUUCAAGCGUUCAUCAUCCCCAUCGCCUUCGAUCGCGUCCCAAUCCUCAGGAACGUAUACUGUCCCUACCAAGGUUACACGACCUUCCCAAGCUUAUCGCGAACGUCAGAGUAAACGCAUGUCUGAGUUCUCUAACGUCAACACCACCAGUUAUUAUGCCAUGCUUUUAUCCAAAUUUCGCCCAUCGUUGUCCGACGAUCAUGCACCUGAUUCUGCAAAACAUGCUGCGCUCAAGUCUCAGGCACUCGAACAAAUCAACAUCCUCAGACGAACCGAACCACAAGCUUACGAUUACGAUUUCUGGGAAACAGCUGUUACUGAUUUUGAUAAAGUGGUGCGAACGCAGCAUGCCGCGCUAAGACAUCAUCUGAUGGUCGGUAUACCACCUUCCAUGCGUGGCAUGCUCUGGCAAAUCUUCUCCAGGGCACACAACAAUGGAGAUAUCCAAGUGGAGUACAAGGCAUUACAGAGUCGCACCAGUCCACAUGAGAAACUUAUCCGACGUGAUCUGGCUCGUACAUUCCCCACACAUGAAUUUUUCCGCGAACAACAUGGAGAAGGCCAAGAAGCGCUCUUCAAAGUGAUGAAAGCUUACGGUAUAUUUGAUCAAGAAGUCGGGUAUUGUCAAGGGCUUCCUUUCGUUGUUGGCUGUUUACUAUUGCAUAUGCCAGAUGAUGCCGCGUUUUGCGUCCUCGUAAAGUUAAUGAGUCAUUAUGGGCUACGCGGUCUUUACACGUCGCAGAUGGAAUUAUUGCUGGAACGACUGUAUCAAUUUGAUCAUCUCUUGCAGCAAAAGUUGCCGGAAGUCCAUAGUCAUUUGGAGCGACAAGAAAUUAAGCCUUCCAUGUACGCAUCGCAAUGGUUUAUGACCUUUUUCGCCUAUCGCUGUCCUCUUCCGCUGGUGUAUCGCGUGCUGGAUCUCGUCUUUGUCGAAGGCUUACAAGUAGUACUGCAAUUUGCGCUAGCAUUGAUGCAGAGAAAUCAAAAUGCUAUUCUAAAACUCGACUUUGAAGCUAUUCUCAAGUUCUUUAGCGAAAAUGUGUAUGAUGUCUACAAGGAUGAUACGAAUGCAUUUGUAAGAGAUGCAUACGAAAUUGAUAUUUCCCCUCGACUUUUGGCCCGUCUAUCGAAGCAACAUGCCGCCGAAAUUGCACGGGAAGCCAAACGUCAGUCGCAAGAAGAAAACUUGCGACAGAUUAAUGCACAGCUGGGACAACAAGUGGAGCAGAUCGAAAACAAGUACAAGACGCUGGAAAUGGAGCAUCAAGAAAUGACGCGUCAGGCAGUGGAAACGAAAAUGAACAUGGCGCGAAUGAAUGACGAGAAUCAGGAAUUGCGACGCCAGCUUGGACAAAUGCGACACGAGUUUGAGGAACUUAAACUGACCAUGGAACGGAACUUUAAACAGCAAAUGGAUGAGAUGGACCGUAAAAAUACCGACUUGACUCGUCGUAACCAAUCUUUGGAACAACAAUUAGCAGAAACGGAAGCCAUGCUGAUCAACUUUAAAGUAGAGUAUGCUCAACGGGAAAGUGAUUACGAACAAGUGCGAAAACAAUGGCAUACUUUACAACAUCGGACGUCAACAGAAUAGAAUAUUCUGUGAUUCUUCGUGCGGUUUUCUUUCUUCCUCCUCCCCCCCCCCCCCUCUCUUUUUUCCAUUAAUGGCUGUCGAUCUUUCUCUAUUGCCACUUAUCCCUCCUUUGUAUAUAGUAUAUCCUAUAUGAGUCGAUCGUGUUCUUUCAAGUUGACGGAAAAAAUAAAUUAAAAAAAUGAAUUCAAUUAUUUUCGAUCACUUGGAAACAUAGCAGCAUAUUAUGUA